GUCGAAGGCUUUUUAUUUGAAAUUUGAACAAAUUUUGCACGAUAAAGUCAGUAAAUGUACAAUAAUACAAAUCCGAGACGUCUAUAUAUCCGAAGACGAAUUCUCUGUCUGGGACGACAACAAAAGUACAACCGCUAUCGCACCACCAGACACUACGAACAGCAGUACAUUCCUCAAAAUAGUGACUGGCGAUUUUUUAAACAGACGCAAGGACAAUACCCAGCCAACUGUGACACAAAAGUCGAAAAACUCAGAACAGCUACAAAUAGCUUCAUCGUCAACACAACAACCUGCUGAGAGCGAAGAACUCUGUACCAGAGACAGUGGCAUGUUUGUGGGUGGGGCCUAAGUGAGCUACGAGUGAUAUGUGAAUAACCAACCUAGUUUUCCCAUAGAAGUGGUAUCAUUGCAACGUAGGUAUUUUAUGUAUCAUGAAUGAUGGUAAUGUAUAACUGUCAGUAAACUACAAGACUAUGUGCGAUAGCAUCAGACUAGCAAAUACAAACCCUCUGGACUUCUACAAACAGUUAUGUGCUACAUUUGAUUUAGAAGCUCAAAUAGAUGAAGUCUAUGCCUUCCGUGGACCGGACUAUAUUUAUUUGCCAUGGACGGAGGUGAAUGGAUCAGCGUAAAGUUAUGUUAAAGGGAAAUCAUGUUGAACUUCUGAUGCAUCUUGAAAAGUAUUGUGCCUUGAGCCAAGUCUGUGUCCAGAUAAAUGAAUCCAAUUUUAAAACUAGAA